AUGUCGUCCAUGACAGAAAUCACCAGCAUCCCCGAGUGGGAACAGCUGCUCGCCUCUGUUCCUCCCACUGCUCUCGUCGUCGUGUCUUUCCACGCCCCAUGGGCUGCGCCAUGCGCGCAAAUGGCGACCGUUCUAUCGACCCUCGCUUCCGAAUACCCAGUUACUGAGCCUCCUACCACCAAGUGGGUGUCAAUCAACGCGGAGGAGCUGAGCGACCUUAGCGAGACCUACGAUGUUACUGCCGUUCCCUUCCUCGUUCUUUUGAGGAAUGGUCAGGUUGUCGAGACUGUUAGUGGCAGUAGUGCUGUCAAGGUGCGCACGGCGAUCGAGACACAAGCCAAGCAGUCGGGUCAGAAUGCAGAGGCCAGCGCCCCCAACGGCGUCGAUGCGAACGACGUCGCUGUCGAGGAGCAAGAUCCCGAGAAGAAGAAGGAGGAACUUUUCAAGCGUCUUGGAGACCUUGUCAAGGCCGCGCCCGUCAUGCUUUUCAUGAAGGGUACGCCCAGCUCGCCCCAGUGCGGCUUUUCCAGGCAGUUGGUCGGUUUGCUACGGGAUCAUUCAGUCAAAUAUGGCUUCUUCAACAUUCUUGCCGAUGACGAGGUUCGACAAGGACUCAAGGAGUUCGCGGAUUGGCCAACAUACCCACAGCUCUGGAUCGAUGGCGAGCUUGUUGGUGGACUUGAUAUCGUCAAGGAGGAGAUGAGCAACGAUGCAGAGUUCUUCAGCAAGUACAGCGUGAGCGCUCCCGCAGCAUCUUGA